AUGAUGACAAAAUAUUGGCACAACCAUUACGUCGACCCUCAGUCGAAGACACGAUGUCCUCUAAAGUGUGUAGAAGUUAUUGGAUCACACGGUGAAAAGGUGACUUCUGACGCACCGUCGGCCGGUAACAAUGCUACAGGGCGUAUUGUUAACGGGUUCACAUGGUCCACGAAGGAUAGUGGUUUCAGUAAGAAGUGCAACUACGGCCCCAUAGACAAAUGUCAAGGAAUCACAGCAUCAGUUGUCGUUUGCAAAACUGGAGUGACAGAGUACUGGUUUUACAGACGAGGAUUCAUUUCCACUAUUCAUUACAAAGAGACACCUAACAAAACCUUUAAAAUACAAAAGAAAAAACCCGCAUCAUAG